UAUACACCAUAGUUUUCUCAACGAUUGAAAAGUUCGGCGAAAGCGAGUCAGGAUGAGCAGUCAAUCCUCGAAUUGCAGCUCCUACAGAAAUUUCGAAUCACGAGUUCGAGGCUCGAGCUCGUCUCUCGAAUUCCGCAAGAAAUUCGAUGAUUCGAGCAGAAAGAACAACCGACGAGCCAUGAUCGAUCACAUCCUAACGGCUCUUGGUCCUGCACCGAUAGCAGUAGAAAUGGAAUUCGACGGCAAAGACGUCGAAUCAGCCGAACGACUCAUGCAGCAAGCGGACGAACUGACUCGCGAGCACAACGACAAACUCACCGGGGCUGUGGCGGCCGCGCUCCCGGAUUCAGAACUAUUUUUCAAGUGCCUGAUGCGUCGAGCUCGCCAGGCCUACGCGACCGGCAGAUUCCAGAGUUGCGCGCGGGACUGUCGACUGUAUCUCGACAGGAGAGCCUCGAUAACGAGGGGGGACGAGAGCGACGACGCGGUGGACGUCUUGUUUCUGCUGUCCGAUGCCUGCAAGGGGAUGCGCAAAGACGUAGAGGCCCGGAAUCACGUCAACGAAGCCAUGAAGCUGAUCAGUCGAUUCGCGGCGACGAGCUGCGGAACUGACCGGGCGGAUAGUCAGCGGUUUAAAGACGAAAAAGCAGAGCUGUUCAAACGCUUUUUGAGCAGGAGGCAGAAACCCACCGUGGCGUCCUCGACUCGCUUGAAAAAUUCACAGGAAGACAAAGAGGUACCAGCGGUGCUAGGCAAGAAUCAUGAAUAUUUGUCUUGCGCCUCCGACGCCGUAGAUCUCGUCUACGAUCCGAGCAAAGGAAGGUGUCUUUACGCCAGGAGAAACAUCCCAGCCGGCAGCGUUGUCAUCGUCGAUCGGCCUUUCGCUUGGUGCACCGAUACGGCUGCUCUCGCUCGUAACUGUCUCCAUUGUCACGCGUCGCUGAGACUGGACCACAGCGCUCCGGUGCCUUGCCGUAACUGCCGAUCGGUUUUAUUUUGUUCGGAAAACUGCAGGGCUGUGUCGUGGAAUAAAUAUCACAGAUUUGAGUGCAGGAUCUUUAAUUAUUUUCACAUCAACAAACUUCAGAGGACCAGUUCACUUUUGGCAUACAGAACAGUGAUUACCGCUGCUUUGAGCGGCAUCAACGGUGACGCUGAUUUAUCCUCGACGCGGGGUAUCAAUCGGGACUUUCUCAAACUACACGAGGACGAGGACGCGACGCCGAUCGACGCAGUGGCUCCGGACCCGGAAAAGUACAAGCCCGACGAUUACAAGACGGUGUUCGCUUUGAAAACCCACGGCGGUGAUUUUACGCCGGAGGAUAAUUUCGAGCGGGCGGUCCAGUCGAUAUUUUUGGCCAGAUGCUUCAUCGACGCGUUGUCGCUUUCGGCCGAAGAGACGGAGAAAUCGAGCACGGAUAAGGAUUUACUACGUACUUUGGCAGUGGCCAUGUUGCACAGUAUGCACGCAAUUAACUGCAACGCCUAUGAAAUUGUCGAGAACGUACGUGACGAAUCGUCCAAAAUUUUUGAGCCAAGAAACGUUGGUGGUGCGAUUUACAGUACGGUCAGCUUAACGAAUCAUAGUUGUUAUCCGAACGUUGUUAGGCAUUCUUAUCCUUGUGGUGCAGUCGUGGUAAGAUCGAUACGUUUCAUACCACAAGGUGCUGAAGUCCUCGAUUGCUACGGACAACAUUUUCUCGAGAGCGAUCGAGACACCAGACGUAAAUUUACCGCCGCAAAGUAUCACUUUGAUUGUCAGUGUGACGCGUGUGUCAACGACUGGCCCAUGCAAUUACCCACCGAUAAGUUCGACUUUAAAUGCAAAAAAUGCUUCGGCAAGUGCCGGAAAACGACGCGCAGUUACGCAGAGUGCACAUCGUGUGGUCAAAAAACCGACAUCAACAAGUAUUACAUUAUGCUUCAAAAUUCGGUGAAAAAGAGACUCUCGGCUUUGACGAAAAUGUACGAUGGUAAUUAUAGUGAGGCACUGCCACUUUUGCUCGAGCACUCGGACUGUAUCGAUAAAAUUUUGUCGGAACCGAGUCUCGAGACUGUUAAAACACAACAAUCUAUCAUUCAAUGCUUGAACGCUUUAUCGUCUACAUCGGUUUAAGUAUCAUAAUA